UAAUACGAACGAGUCAAGGGAAGAACAACCUGAUAUUAGCGUUCACUAUUCGAGAGUUAUCCGUACGCGAUUCGAGAGUAUUAUCGUUCGAGUGCUUUUACGAGAGAUAGGUGGGGUAAGGUGGGGGUUGAUAGGUCAAAGUAUAGGUACACGCAGUACUCGAAAUAGAUCGAGCAAAGUGAAAGAAACAUUUUCGCAGUGGAGUAAAAUCAUUGUGCGGAGUAUCUAUCUUACGUACAUACAAUGUAUUCAAAAUUUUUCAUUAUCAAAUCUUUUUGUAUUAUAUGUGCGUGAGAGAUGUAAACGUUAAUAAACGAGGAAAGUGAACGAAGGAAAAAAGAAAGAAAAUAAAUAAAUAAAUAAAUAAAUAAAUAAAUAGUGAAGAAAAAGAGAAAUGUUUUUGUGUACAAGAUAAAAACGUUGACCUUUGUUAAAUCACAUUCAAUAGUGAAUUAAGUGAAAUCGAGAAAAAUAACGAAAGAGUUUGCUGUUUACGUAUGAGUCCUAUUAACGUUUGAUUGGAUUAAAAUUCGUUAUGUAUAAUGAUUUUGUUUGAAUCAUAAUCGUUGGAUAGAACGACGCAUUCGAUAACGAACUAUAAUUCAAAAAAUAAUAUUACCCUUUGAUCUUAUUUUACCUUUAACCUAUCUCUAUCCUUAUCUCUCUCUCUCUCUCUCUCUUUUUAUUUAUCUAUCUAUCUAUCUAUUUACCUUUCUCAUUGCGAAAUAGACGAAGGGAGGGGGUGCGGUGUGGCGGGGGUGGUGGGAAAAAAAAAUCAACAACAACGUGAUAGGAAUACGAAAGAAGAAAAUGGAAGAGGAAUAUUAUCGUAAUCUUUGUUCAUCGGAGACCCUGCGUUCCGGGAAAAAGGGUUUCUUUCAUGAUUUUACCGAUUACGCGAUCAACGCCGUUGGCGAUAUAUGGAUCGAAAAGAUCUUCGGACGUAUCGAUAACGAUGUCGAUCGUUUAAAGUGCAUUUACACCGACGAGAAACUUAACGACGUAAUACGCGGUACUUUGACCAAUGUUAAACUACUUUAUAGAGACAAGGACGCAAAUAUAUCAAGGGUCAAAAGACUUGAGGGAUUUCAAGUUGCUAGAGAGGGACAACAUGAGAAAGCUUUACUUCUAUUCAGUCAGGCGAUCCUACGAGCUCCUAUCACCGGCAAGUGCAAGACGGUCGAUCGAGGUUACUCCUUGCCUUUGGCGUUACUUGGUAGGGCUGAAAGUUUCAUGGUCUUGAAGGAAUAUCGUCUUGCAUUCGAAGAUCUCACAUUGGCUGAGGAUUAUGGAUCACCGAUAGAAUCGAGAACUGAACUAGAGAGAAUGAAAGAAGAAUGCAAACGUAUACUGGAAGUAAAUGCAAAAUCCGUCGUCCCGUACGGAUCACAGGAAAUAAAUGACAAGCCGUCCGACAUAAAGAUCCGAUCCUAUCGAGAGACAACGAUAAAACGUGAUCUACCAUUGCUAAGCGGCGGCAUUAAUUCAAAGCUGCCAAGUGCGUCGGCGUUACUUGAAAUCCGUGAAACAAAGUUCGCUGGUAAGGAGGCCGUUGCCACUAAGGAUAUUUAUCCUGGGGAUUGUUUGGUCGUUGAAGAACCAUUGGCUGCUUGUCUUUUGCCAGAGUUUUACGGUACUCAUUGUCAACAUUGCUUUUCAAGGUUGAGAGCACCGAUUGGUUGCACCGAAUGUAGUACUGUAGCCUUUUGUGGAAGGAAAUGCAGGGACGUCGCGGUCUCGACAUAUCAUAAAUAUGAAUGCAAGAUUCUGGCGUUAUUGAUAGGUUCCGGUAUGAGUAUACUGAGCAUGGUCGCUUAUAGAAUGAUUACGCAAGAGGGCUUAACCAGAUGUUUGAAAAUUUAUGAUAUAAUAGAAAAGAAAUUAAUUAAAGAGAAUGAUAAAAGCAUGAGUACAGUGAUUAUGGAUAAUGAGCCGAAAUUAAGUAAAUCGGCUAAGAGAAGACUUCGUAAGAAAAAGUUAAAGGAUACGUCGUGUCGUAACGACGAUAAUAUCAUUUCGAAUGAAAAUAAAUCAAAGGGUUCUACGUGCAAUGAUCCAAAUAUGAUAGACGUCAGAGCUUACGAAUUAACCAAUCAUAAUACAAAAAGAUCGCCAUCUGAUUUUCUCGAGAGAUCACUUAUGGCGGCAUUUUUAUUGAAAUGUUUACAAAGGGUCAAUUUCUUCGAGGAUACCUCUCGCGAUGACGAAAUUCCUAAUCAGAAGGAAAUUAUCGUGGGCUCUUUGCUCUUAAAGAAUCUUCAAUUACUUCAAUUCAAUGCCCACGAAUUCUCCGAGACACGUUUUAAUGCGAAUCAUCGUUUCCGUGGUAGCAAAUCGAUAUAUUUAGGAGUGGCAAUAUAUCCUACGGUAGCUCGUUUCAAUCACGAUUGCUAUCCCGCUGUGACGAGAUAUUUCGUUGGAAGGAACAUCGUGAUACGUGCGAUUAGAACUUUGAAACCUGGCGACGUGAUAGCCGAAAAUUAUGGUCCAAUAUUUACAAAAAGAAAUCUCGAGGAACGUCAAAGAACGCUCUCAGGUAGAUACUGGUUUAAAUGCACGUGCAAGGCUUGCAAGGAUGAUUGGCCGCUUUUCGAAAGAAUGACGAACGAUUUGGCUAAAUUGAGAUGUACCACCGAAGGAUGUAAUAGAUUAUAUCGACGAAAAGAAAUUACCGAUGAAACGAUAAAAUGUAUUGGUUGUCAGAAAAGCAUCAACCUCGUCGAAAGACUUAAUUCUUUGCUCGAGUGUGAGGUACUCUAUGUUCAAGGAUUGGAUAAGAUGGAGGAAGAAAAGCCUGAAAGAGCUAUAGAAUUACUGGUCAAAGCCAUAAAGAAGUUUCAUGAGAUAGCUGUACCACCUCAUAGAGACACGCACUUAGCGGAAAUUGCAUUGGGUGCUUGUAUGUCCGACUCUGGAAACACCUGGAGGGUAGCUUAAAUGUAUUAAUGUAUUUAUGUAUGUAUGUAUGUAUGUAUAUGUAUGUAUGUAUGUAUGUAUGUGUAUAUGUAGAUGAGAAAACUCGUAUUUGAUAUGAAAACUUUUCGACUAGCUAGAAAGUGCAACAACGAUGAUGGUGAACAUAAUAUGAAUGAAUAUUAUCAUAAAUUUUGCAAUAAUUAUCAUAAAUUCAUAUUAAAGAUAAAACAAUGGAUAAUAACAGACAAUGGUUUCGUACGUAUGUAUAUUAUGGACAAAGUUUUAGGCACUUCCCACUCGCACUAAGUAUGAUAGACAAAUAUCGACAGAUUAAGUGCAUGCCUUAGGUUCCUAUCUACUCAUAUAUAUAUAUAUAUAUGGGUAGAUAUAUACCCCCAUAGAAAUGAUAAUACCAGUACCCGGUUUGUGUCAAACUAUUAAGUACAUAAAUAAUAAGGUACGAUGAAAGAGAAGUUUCUUCUUUAUAUAUAUAUAUAUAUAUAUAAUAUAUAUCUUCUUUAUAUAUAUAUAUAUAUAUUUAUAUAUAAAAGUUUAUAUAUAAAAAUAAAAGUUACUUUAUAACGUUUGUACGAUAAAAUAAUUGCUCACUGCUUGCUUCAAUCAAUAAACUGUCGUCGAACGAAUGUACAAUUAAUUAAAGAUAUUAAUAAUCAAUGGAAAUGUGCUGGAAAUGAAAGUUAUAAAAUUAACAUGCGCAUCGAUGACUCUCGUUUCGGGAUUUAUUGAAAAUAAUAAUCUCAUGAAUAAAUAAAACGUAUGCGAAAGAUAAAAAAAAAAUAGAUACGAGAGCGAAAAAAAAAAGAAAAAGAAUUAAAAAAAAAAAAAAAGCCAUCAGCGUGUGAUUGAUUUUCUAUGGUAAAAAAAAAAUAUAUAUAUAUAUAUAAAAAUAAAAAUAAAAAGAAAAAAUGAUAAAAAAAUCUUCUUUAGUUCACGAAAAGUAAAUAUAAACAAAAUUGAAACGUGUACCUAUAGAGAGAAAACUAAAAACGCUAGAGAAGUUGUGUCGUUCGGAAGAAUAAAUAAAAAAAAAAAAAAAAGAAAAAAGAAAGACAAAAUAAAAAAAAAUGAAACGCACAGGUAGAAGUAAAAAAUAAAAAUUCAGUGUACAGACACGAUCUGUCGUUUCCAGGAUUCUAAACAUGAAUUCAUCGUAAACAGAGAUAUAUCAUCGGCACAGAUCUCGGCUGGAAGGAAGGAAGGAAGGAAGGAGGGGGGGGGGGGGAAGUAUGGAAAAUGAAAGGAACAGAGGGAAAGGGGAAGGAUGAUAGAUAGGGUUGAAUACUCGGUAUGAUGGUUUUUUUUGUUUUUUUUUGUUUUUUUUUUGUUUUUUCUUUGUUUUUUUUGUUUUUUUUUUUUUUAAAUAAGACCAUUAUAUUCUUUUUUUACGAUUGGUAAUUUUACGAUUUUUUUGGUAGAUUUAUUUUUUAUAAUGCACAUGUUCCGUGAAAAAAUUAAAUUCCGUAUAUGAAAUUAGUAUUUAGAGUUUCGCGUUUCGGUACAAAAUUCAUUAGGGGGGUUGGGGUGGGGUGGGGGAGGGCAGUCGACGGACGUUACAGGAGACGUGUUUUAAAAGCGACGCCCACCUCUCGCACCCAUCGAAAAUCUUUAGAUAACGACAUUUUAUUCGAAAAAUGAACGCCUCCUCCUCAAACUGGUAUCACGAAUUUCUUUUAUAAUUCACAUUUAGCUUUAGACUGACCACCCAUCAUCAUCAUCAUCACCAUCAUCAUCACCAUCAUCAUCAUCAUCAUCAUCAUCAUCAUCAUCAUCAUUAUAAUCACCAACGUUAUCAUCCAUUCUGUGUGACCACAUUACAACACAUCGGUAUAUUACUUUUGUUCUCGUUACUUCUUUUUUUUUUCUUUUUUUUUGUUUAUUUUUUUUUUUUUUUUUUUUGAGUUUUUUUCAUUUAUCUUGCAAAAAAACUGAACUCGAACUAAUUGACAGUCACGUCGUGAUACCCAUUUUCCUUUCUUUUCUUUUCUUUUCUUUUCUUUUUUUUUUUUUUUUUUUUUAGUUUUUUAGUUCUUUAUUUCUUUCCUCCUUUGUUUAUUUAUUUAUUUCUUUCUUUCUUUAUUUUUGUAUUCAUUCAUUCAUUCAUUUAUUUUAUUUUAUUUUAUUUUAUUUUAUUUUAUUUAUUUAUUUAUUUAUUUAUUAUGCUGUGGUUUUGUUCUUGAAAACAAGACAAAGAUUUUUUUUUACGUCGGAUGUACAAAGAUAAUAUUCGUUUCGGAAUAGAAAAAUGAGAUCGAGCGUUUUUCUGCCCGAUCCCAAAAAUUCUCGCAUUAUCAUCUCUCUCUUCGCCAUAAAUUUGUUUCCUUUUUUUUUUCUUUUUGCAUGUUCUUUGUUUGUUUUCGUUUUUUCCCUUUUUUUCCUUUUCUUUUUUUUUUUUUUUAUUUUUUAUUUUUUUUUUUUUUAUUUUUUUCCCUUUAAUUUUAUUUCACUUAUAUCUCUCGACAGUUGAAACGCGAAUUUUCGUGAUUUCGUUUCGCUCGCGUUUCCAAAAUGUAGUAUAUUUAACACGCGUUAAAUACGCCUGCGAUAAAAACAAACAAACAAACAAACAAACAAACAAACAAACAAACAUUGUUUUUAAACGUACGCUUUUUGCCAUUAUCGAUUUUAAACUUCGCCCAGCUUGCACACGGGAUUGUUGAUAUAUAUAUAUAUAUAUAUAUAUAUAUAUAUAUAUAUAUAUAUAUAUAUAUAUAUAUAUAUAUACAUAUAUAUAUCUAGCGCGCAUACAUUUCAGAUUUCAAUGACGCGACCUGCUUAAAAAUGAUUGCACGUUUAUAAUGUCUUCCACUCGUCGGAAUAAGGUAGACAAUAUCUUUUAUAUUAUCCAUACAUCAUAAUACUAUUAUGCUUUAAAAUUGUUUGUGUGUUCUUUCUUUCUUUCUUUCAUUCUUUUCUUUCUUCCUAUCUUCCUAUCUAUCCUUCCUUUUUCAUUUAUCUUUUUUUUUCUCCUUCUUUUUUUAUUUAACUUCGACGUUCACCAUAUUUAACACACGCAUUGUUCUUUUUCACAAAUCAAUUAGAACGACUUUUUACUUGUUCCUGGUUUACUUAUUGUAUUUUGUUUUCUUCUGUUCCGUUUCGUUUUAAUUUACGUCAAUUUUGCAAGCUCGAGAUUCAGCUGAAUACACACACACACACUCUCUCUCUCUCUCUUUCUCACUCUCUCUCUCUCUCUCUCUCUCUCUCUCUCUCUCUCUCUCUCUCUCUCUCUCUCUCUCUCUUUCAUUUUUGUGUCUCCUCGUUCUAUUCAGUUUUUUGCUUUUUUUGUAAUUUUUAUUUUUAUUUAUUUUUUUUUUUUUUGUAUGAUGGAACGCGCGGUUACGUUACUCGACGUAAAAAAAGAAACAGAAAAAGAAAAUAGUGGGGGGGGGAGGCGGAAAGAAGAAAAGAAAGAAAACAAAGAAACAAUCUCGAGCGAACACAAGCGGGGGGAAGUGGAGGAGGAGGAGGGAGGUGAAGGAAGAGGAUUUAAUAGAUCGAAUGAGCGCAAAAUGAGGAGGGGGAGGAGGAUGCAGAAGAGAAAAAAAAAAAGGAGAAAAAAGAAAAGAAAAAGAAAAAAAAAAAGAAAGCUCCCACAAAUGCAAGAGAGCGUGUCGUGUGUCCCUGUUCCUUUUUUUUUUGUUUCGUUUUUUCCCGUGUCUUUGUCUUUUUUUUCUUUUUUUUUGAGUGCUCGAACGAAAUCAUUCAAAUUACAAUGAUAAUAUAUUCAACGAGAGGGACUGUUUAAAAGGAGGAAUUUUUUGAAAGAAUCUAUAAUAAGAUCUAUUGCAUCUCACACGUGUCUCGCAUUAUUACACCAACGACAAUGAGAAGAGAAAGUCUUUGCUUUCUUCAAUUCGCCAAUUAUAAAUGAACGUAACCGCACGUUGAAAUUUUUCUUUUUUUUUUUUUUUCUCCUCCGCGCGCGCACCACUUAGCACCGCAUACACACGCGCGCGCGCACGCGCACACUCUCACUCUCUCUCUCUCUCUCUCUCUUUCUUUAUCUAUCACUUUUUGUCUCUAUCUAUCUCACAUUUCAAAACUGCGUCGGAUUUUGUUUACACACACACACACACUCUCUCUCUCGCUCUUUCUCGCUCUCUCUUUCGGUAUAAUCGCUGCAUGGUUAUUUGAAAUCCCAAUCACGAAUUGACGACUACUUAUAAAUUGUUACACAAAAUCAAACAUAUUUGAUAACGCUACGAGGACUCAACACACGGGUUAUUUCUCUUUUUCUCUUUUCUUUGCUUUUUCUUUUUUUUGGCUUUUUUUUCCUUUUCUUUUCUUUUCUUUUUUUUCUUAUUUUUUUUUGUUUUUUUUUUUGUUUUUUUUUGGGGGGUUUUUUUUGUUUUUUUUGUUUUUUUUUUUUUUUUUUUUUUAAACAAACAACUAACCAACAAAUAAGGCGAGGAAUGAUACUUUGGGGGAGGGGGAGGACGCAAUACGGACACCUCGCUCGUGGUGUGUGCAUGUGUGUUUUUUUUUAAGUUGUUAUCAUCAAUAAAAUGUAUAAGUGAUAUAUACAUUUUUAAUAUUUUAAAGACACUCACUCUCUCUCUCUCUCUCUCUCUCUUUAUUUAUCUACCUAUCUCUCUUUCUCUUUCUCGAAGGACGAUUAUUCUCGUUGGAUCUCUUCCGUUGGCUAAUAAUAUACGAAAAACAAAGGAUUACUUUAACGCCGAUUAUUAAAAAAUUAACUUUGUUUUUGAUAAGAUAGACAAAAAUAAAAAUAAAAAUAAAAAUAAAAAUAAAAAUAAAAAUAAAAAUAGAAACAAAACAAAAA